GGCAUGGCCAGAUAUCACAGCGACAAAAGAGAGAGACGGUGGUAGAGAGACCUUGAGAGAGAGAGAGAGAGAGUGAGGGAAGAAGGCUGCAGACUUUCAGAGCUGAGAGGAAGAGGAGAGGAGGAAGAAGAGAUUGAGGAGUCUCCAUCUUCGCCAUUUCAAUCAUGACUCUGGAAGACGGUUUCUGAAAUUUGAAUUUGAAGUCUGAAGCUACAAGACCAACAGCAGAUAACGAGGCGCCACACCGAGCUGCAGCCAGAUGGAGGUGAAUGCGGUUGAAAAACGCCAUCGAACACGAUCCAAAGGAGUCAGAGCCGCCGUGGAAGCAGUAACGCAGGAGUUAUUCAGCUGUCCCACCCCUGGCUGUGAUGGCAGCGGUCAUGUCAGCGGGAAGUACGCCAGACACCGCAGCAUCUACGGCUGCCCGCUGGCCAAGAAGAGGAAGGCUCUGGAAAAACAACCACUGGAACCGGCUGCCAAGAGGAGGCCCUUCCUCACCUCCUGCCCGGGCGAGGAGGAGGAGGAUGCUUCAGGCUAUGGCAGCUAUGGGAACGAAGCCAUGGAGGUGGGGCAGGAAGGGAAGGUGCAAGGGGAGGUAGUUGAAGAGGACGAGGAGGAGGAUGAAGGGGAGAGAGAAGGAGAUGAAGAAGAAGAAGAUGGCGAGGCGGAAGACGAGUUCUCAGAGGACAACGAGGAGCAGGGAGAAGAAGAGGAAGAGGAAGAAGAGGAGAUAGAGGUGGAGAGAACAGAUGCAGCAAUGGAAGGUGAGCAGGCGGAGGAAGAGGAGGAUGGGAUGGAUGAGGAAGAGGAGGAAGAUGGCGAUGAUGAGGAGGAACAGGAUGAUGAGGAAGAGGAGGAGGAAGAAGAAGAGGAGGAGCAGCGUCGUCAGCAGGAGAACCACUACAAACCCGGUGGACAAUCAAAGCUCAUUCCUAUUCAGAAGGACGACAACAACAACAACAGCUGCACCAUCAGCACCGGGAACGGGACCGGAGAGGAGUACGAGAACUACGACGAGCUGGUUGCCAAGUCGCUUCUCAACCUUGGCAAGAUCGCCGAGGAUGCUGCCUACCAGGCCAUGACCGAGUCUGAGAUGAACAGCAACUCCUCCAACAGCGCCGGGGAAGACGACGACGACGAGGAUGACGAUGGCAGUGAGCAGGGAGAGAGGAAGGGUGAGCUGAGCGUGGACUUGGACAGCGAUGUGGUCAGGGAGACGGUGGACUCCCUGAAGCUCCUGGCACAGGGUCACGGCGCCAUGCUGCCUGAAGACGGCUACCCCGAAGACACCAUGGUGAAUGACAGCAGCCAUGCAAACGGGCGGCCCGGCGUGGGAGUCAGGGGUCACACUGAGGAGAGCGAGGAGGAGGUGUGCCUCAGCAGCCUGGAGUGUCUGAGGAACCAGUGCUUUGACCUGGCCCGGAAGCUGAGUGAGACUCAGCCGUCUGAUCGCCCUGCCCUCCACGCUCUCCACCACCAACUCCAAAACCCAGGAGACCAGCAGGGGGUGCACCACCUGAACAGGUACGACAGCUGCCAGCAGGCUGCACAGGAGGAGCCCCGCUCUCUGGAGCGCAGCUACUCCGACAUGGUGAACUUAAUGAAGCUGGAGGAGCAGCUGAGCCCGGCGUCCAGAGGCUACCCGACCAGCUGCAGCCAGGAGGGCGACGAGGACACCACGUCCGUGGCCUCCGACCGCUCGGACGAGACCUUCGACAUGGCCAAGGGAAACCUGUCGCUGCUGGAGAAGGCCAUUGCGCUGGAAUCGGAGAGGGCAAAGGUCAUGAGGGACCGGAUGGCCUCAGAGCAUACGAUGCCCCGUCGGGAACACCACCACCACCACCACCACCACCACCGUGGCCACGGCGAGCACAGCCCGAGGCUGAGCAGCGCCGCCGAGGAGCGCAAGUCCAGGAUGCAGCAGGACGGGUUGAAGAGGGCGUACUACCCUAAAGACUCUUCCAGGGGGGAGAAGAAGGAGAGCAAGUGUCCGACUCCAGGCUGCGACGGGACCGGUCACGUGACGGGGCUGUACCCGCAUCACCGCAGCCUGUCUGGGUGUCCCCACAAAGAUCGUGUCCCGCCUGAGAUCCUUGCCAUGUAUGAAAAUGUUUUAAAGUGCCCUACUCCCGGCUGCUCUGGACGGGGUCAUGUCAAUAGCAACAGGAACUCGCAUCGCAGUCUGUCCGGCUGUCCCAUUGCUGCUGCAGAGAAGAUGGCGAAGGUCCACGAGAAGAGUCACUCAACCGACAGCGGCAGUAAGACCAAUCAGGCAUCAGACCGCGUCCUCAGACCAAUGUGUUUUGUGAAGCAGCUGGAGAUUCCUGAGUACGGCUAUAAAAACAAUGUUCCCACCAGCACGCCGCGGUCCAACUUGGCGAAGGAGCUGGAGAAAUACUCCAAGACGAGCUAUGACUACGGCGGCUAUGACGCCCAACACGGCAGCUACGGAAAGAGGGGUCCGAUAACCAAGCCCCAUCACGGGCGAGACACCUCCCCAAAGGGAUACGACGCUAAGCGCUACUGUAAGACGUCCAGCCCGGCCAGCAGCACGACCAGCAGCUACGCUCCCAGCAGCAGCAGCAGCCUGAGCUGUGGAGGAGGAGGAGGUGGAGGAGGAGGAGGGGGAGGUGGUGGAGGUGGAAGCAGCGCCAGCAGCACCUGCAGUAAGAGCAGCUUCGACUACACCCACGACAUGGAGGCGGCCCACAUGGCGGCCACGGCCAUCCUUAACCUGUCGACACGGUGCCGGGAGCUCCCGCACGCUCUGGGAGGGAAACCCCAGGACCUGCUGACACAGAGUCCGGUCGGCGAUCUGGAUGACAGCGGUGGCGUGGAUGUGGCCGGUCAGCCUGAGGGCAGCGGGACAGUGUUGACCCCCCUGCAGCCGAUGUCCCCCCAGCGGCAGGCUCUGCUCAGCAGCCGCUGCUACCAGCUGAGCGACACCGACUGCUGGGACCUGCCCGUCGACUGCAACAAGAUCAAACGUCUGGGAGACGAGCAGGAUCACAAAGAGAGCGACGAGCUGGAUCCCUUCCAGGAGCUGCUGGACGAGCAGCACUACCCGGCCGAGGUGACCAUGCCCAGCCCCAAACACCACAAAUACCUUCCCUGCAAGGAGAGCAAGAAGGAGCUCAUCACGUUGUCAAGCUGUCAGCUGGCUGACAAGAACAUCCGCGGGAUGAUGACCACUAACUCACAAGAACUCAAGUGUCCAACACCCGGCUGUGACGGAUCUGGACACAUCACUGGAAACUACGCCUCUCACAGGAGUCUGUCCGGUUGUCCACGAGCCAAGAAAAGUGGCAUCAAAAUCCUUCACAGCAAAGAGGACAAGGACGACCAGGAGCCAAUCAAGUGUCCAGUGCCAGGUUGUGAUGGUCAGGGUCAUGUGACGGGGAAGUACGCUUCUCAUCGCAGUGCAUCAGGCUGCCCCCUGGCGGCAAAGAGGCAAAAGGACAGCUACGUCAACGGCUCGCAGUUUGUCUGGAAAUCUGGCAAGACAGACGGCAUGACCUGCCCGACCCCGGGCUGCGAUGGCUCAGGUCACGUCAGCGGGAGCUUCCUGACCCACCGGAGUCUCUCCGGGUGUCCCCGCGCCACCUCAGCCAUGAAAAAAGCCAGGAUGAGUGGUGUGGAAAUGUUGACAAUCAAGCAAAGAGCAAGCAAAGGCAUUGAGAACGAUGAAGAAAUCAAGCAGCUGGAUGAAGAAAUCAAAGAUCUGAAUGAGUCCAACAGUCAAGUGGAGUCAGACAUGAUAAAACUGAGGACACAAAUCACCACCAUGGAGACCAACCUGAAGUCCAUCGAGGAGGAGAACAAGGUGAUCGAGCAGCAGAACGACUCCCUGCUGCACGAGCUGGCCAACCUCAGCCAGUCACUCAUCAACAGCCUCGCCAACAUACAGCUUCCACACAUGAGACCGCUGCCACAGAAAGAGGCCCCAGUAAAGCAUAACUGCUGUUUACAGAUGCCUCCCAGAGAACCGAUGAACGAACAGAACUUUGACACUUAUGUGAGUACACUGACAGACAUGUACACCCACCAGGACCAGUACCAGAGCCCGGAGAACAAGGCGCUGCUGGAGAACAUCAAACAGGCUGUGCAGGGCAUCCAGGUUUAACUCUGAGGCCGGAGCAACAAAUGCAAAGCAAAAAACAACAAACGGGGGAAAAAGAGGGAAAAAGGAGGGAGUGGGUUGUUUUUUGCUGCUGUAAUUUAUCAUUAGUUCUUUUUCUUUCUUCUGCGGUUAUGCUCUCAACUCCAUGGGUAUCUCUUUUUUUAUUAUGUUGAUUGUUGUUGCCUUGCUUUGGAAAAAAAAAAAAAGUUUUACAUGAACAUUCACGUUUUGUACAUUUUCAUAUGACCUAAUAUAAUGUGAUGUACUGUUUAUAGCUGCUAAUGUAUGCACAUUCGAGUGUAUAUGUAUGUAUUUAUUUAUUGUAAGCUUGAAUCAUUUCUUAUUUUAAUGCGAUUUUUCAUACAUCAGAAAAAAAAAAAUAGAAACUGGGCGUCACGGGUUUAACAGGGAGCAGAGCGGCGACCGGAACACGAAGAGCGGCCGGUUCUGAGACGCUUCUCACGAGCCGGAAGCUGCUCGUCGAUUUUUUCUUUCUUUUUUUCUUAAUGUCUCAAAGUGGACACUAAUGUAACUCUUUAGCAAUUACGAGAAAACCCGAUGCUAUAAGCAAGAAGAUUUCAAACAUCACGACACGGAAACUUUGUGGUGCAAAAUCCCAUCAUCCCCCUUCGGAGUUGUUCCGUUUUAAAGCCGUCCUGUUUCUUUGCUCGUGGGCGGGAGCGCGAGUGGAAAGAGCCACGGCUGCAGAAUAUCUAGGAGACAAUCUGCCAUUGUGAAUUUAUUUGAAAUCAUCAACCUCGACUAGCUAAUAGGACAACGUGUCAGCAAUAUUGGUAUGAUAAUAUUAAAGCGUUUGUUUAGAUAUGGGAUGCAAUCUAUAUAAAAAAAAGUUGUUUGGGUAUAUGCAAUUUCUUAUGAAUAAAACUAGCAAAGAGCUGAUAGAUCUUUUUACUAACUAUAAAUGUAUUGCGUUUUGUAUAAACCUUUUACUACAAUCAUGUUUUAGGAAUCUGACACGGGUGAGAGGACUUUGGUUCUGUCAUGUUCGACUUUGCACAGGGACACCUUUGUUUCCAUGUUUUGAUGUUUUUAUUGCCCGUUAAGAGGCGCUUAGCAGGCAAACGGAUCUGUAGAUAGGAUCUUUCUUUCUAGAGGCUGACGGCUCCGCUGGACUUACAGGGUCAAAGUUCCCAUCCUUCAUUGUAUAUUGCACUCGUUGUGUAGAAAACGUCUUUCCAGUCAUGCAUCCUCUUGUCUGAGCCACGAUGGGACAUGAUGGCGGACAACGUGAUGACCAAGCACCGCUUUUUAUUUAUUUUUUAAAAAAAAGAAUCUUUGUAAUUGAAAAUAUGAAUGAAAACUAGAGCCAGCAGUCGUGAUGUCUGUGCACUGAUCUGAAUCGGCCUUAUUGAUGACAUUCGGUCUGAAAUCACAGAACUGAUGGAACGUUUUCUCAACACCGUCGAUCAUGCAUGCACUUUAUUGGAGUAUGUUCAAGUAUUAUCAUGUGGUAAAUGGAGCAAAAACUGUACAGCGAGUUUGUGGAAACUGACUUUGUGCUGGCGAUGCCUGUUGGAAAGCAACCUGGAGCAAAUUUGAUUAAGGGAAAACUCCCCCUGUGGUCUCCUCACGUUAUCGGUCCAAAACCUUCACCCUUCAGAGGCUCUUCUGUGCAAACAUGUUCUAAAAUGUGAAUACUGAUUGCACUAGGAAAUGAGUCCAAAAGUAAUGUUAAUAUGUAUGUCAUCUUUUCCUAAAGCACAGCAUCAGCAGAGUGGGAAAGUCCCCUUUUUUUUCUUCUCUGCAUAGAUGAUGUUAGAUGACUGCUUUUGCCUGUGUUGGCAGGAUGAAGCCUAAGGCAGGGUCUCAGGAGGGUCUCCUGGAUCAAAAAGGCAAAAAAAAAAAAAAAGUUCAAAUUAAGUAAAAAUGAGUUCCCAAAUAUUUGAAUCUUUCAACACAACAAAGCAAAUAUAUUUUUAUGUGUACAUAAAAACAUAAGUAGAUGUUGUGGUGAGUUACAACCCCAAAGCAUCUGUGCUCUGGCCUCACAUAUGUUAAAAAUUUGUGCCUCUGACUGCCUGAGCUGAUAUCUUACUGUAAAACCACCCUGGAUCAAAUACAGUAUAUGAUCCAGGAGCCUCAUGAGUUGAAGAUGCAUGGAUGGAGACAAAAUCAACUCCACAGUUUAAAUUUAAUAAAUACUUUAAUGAAAACAAUGAUUAUUUAAGGAAAAGUAAUUUUUCAGAUUGCUUCUAAAUGGGUCAUAAUGACACUGGAGUGCUACCGGCUGAAACUCUCCAUAUAACUGUGUAAUAUGAAAGUCCAAAAGGUAAACUGAUACUUCAAAGUAGAUACAUUUUGAUAAAUCUUUUAUGAACUAAACUGCAUUUCUGUGCAUUCAGACGUCGGCGGUACACGCAGAUAUGUUUAAACCUGAUUUCACUGUAAACGAGGGGGGGAAAUAUUGACCUGUGUGAUCUCAGAUUUUAAAAGUAUGUCAUCAUGCAAAAAGACAUUUGUUACAAAGGUAACUGAUGUCUGAUGUGUCUCUCUCCAUAUUUUUGACCCGUUUCAGUCCAGUUUUCUAAACAAACUGCUAACGGGGGAGUUUUCCUUUAAGACUUCUGUGGACUUCUCUCAUUCCCCGACUCUCACACCUCCAUCCAGAACUUGGCGUCCGCAGCUUCCUGCCAGUGAACUACUGCAUUAGAUAGACUGACAGCUUGUAUUUUUUAUUUAGUCAGUUAUUCUUACUGAUAACAAAGGAAAUGGGAGUAAAAGCACAAUUCUGCCAUUUAAAGACAGUCGAUAGACUAGAUAUUGUAAUAACAGAUGUAAAAGCUAAACUGUAACUAUUUACAUAGAGAAUCUCAACACUAACAUGUGACACGCUAGAAUGCAAAAGAAAUCCAUAUGAAUAUUUGUGAACUCAUCAGUUUAUGAAGAUGAUAGUUUCUUUUCAGCAGUGCACAGAUAAGGGGUUUUUAUACAACAUUCAUUUUCUCUCCUUUUGCCCCUUUUUCUCUGUUACUCGCAAAACUUUCGGCAGCGGUUUUCUUACCACAUGGCAUGGGUUUCUGUUGAUAUUUUUGCUGUAUGUUUAAAGUCAUGAGUUGCUACGUGAUAUUUUAAUUUGACUUGUGAAGUUUGUACAAUUUUUAUCAUGCUGGUGUUGGCAUCUCUUGCUCUGAAUAAAUCUUGUGUUGCAACACUGA